UUUUUUGUUCUCUAAAAAAUUUAUUUGUUUACCGUAAUUUUGAAAAUGUAAAUUUUUUUUCAUUGUUGUUUGGACGAAACUAAAAAGAGAGGUAAAAUUUGCAUUCUUCUUCAAAUUAAUAUCUUCGAAUCAAUAUAUUUCGGUGAUAAUAAGCUAAAGCGAAAAAAAAUAGAUACUCAAAUGGAUAAUCAAUCAUUACAUAUGAUAUUAUUAGCCAUAUUAUGGAUUGUAACAUUUAAUUCAUUUCGCCUUACAAAUACCAAUGUAAAUGCAUAUCAAACAUUUGAAUUAGUAGAUUAUUGUCAACGUUUCGAUGCAAAUGUUCAGUUUCCAAAUGAAAAUCGUGAUGAUGAUAUAUUUUCAUCUGGUGUUAUUAUUGAACCACCACAUCAACCAUCAUCAUCAAACUUUGACUUGAAAUCAUCCACUAUCAAAAAUAAAAAUGAUGAUGCAUACAAUGUAUUACGUAUUGAUGCUGAUUAUGUUGGUAAAACUGUUGUUGUAGAUACCGGGUAUGAUACAUCAGCUGUACGAUUAAUUGUUGAUCCUGAAAAUGUGUUUCGUGCACGGCUUCGAUGUUCAAUUCUGGUCAUACCAAAGAAACCGAAUGGCCUGAUUGUUACGUUACGUAAGCUUCGUGUUCGUCCUGGUACUGAUUGGCUGCGGAUAUCGAUAAAUAAUAGUUCAUUUACACGAACAUUUUCUCACAUUCGCAUCAAUAGUGAACGUGAUUCUGUUGCCUACGUUGCUCAUCAUGGUGUAUUGAUUGAAUUUGCAACAAAAACCUAUUUACCUAAAGAGGAAAAAGUGGAAAUCGAACUCAUUCUGACAUCAUUUCGUGAAGCUGAUCUUUGUGAUAUUGAUGAAGAAUUUGAUUGUGGUUCAUUUCGUUGCAUUUCCAAUCAUUAUGUGUGUGAUGGCUAUAAUAAUUGUGGUGAUGGUCGUGAUGAAACCAAUUGUCCAAUGGAUAAUAUUACCAAUUAUUUGAUUGUAAGCACAACACUUUUAUUGGUGGCAUUCAUUAUUUUCCUUUGCAUUUGUUAUCGUUGUUGUUUUCAAUCUUGCAAGAAUCGUGAUCAAAAUCGACAUGCUGGCGGUGCUUAUCAUAAUCGUAAACAAUAUCAAUAUUUACGGAUUCGAACGAAUUCUACACCUGUAGCUCCACAAUCGCUGGCACCACGAUCACGAAAUCGUUCACAAUCAAUACAAUCAGAAUCAGAUCUACCACCACCACCACCAUCAUCUCAAGAAAUCAAUACUUCACCCCCACCGAAUUCUGCAUUGAGACGUUUUAAAUUGGCUCACAUGGCAAGUGAUUCGAUGCCGGUUUUGGUACCAACAGCACCACCACCACCAACGUUAGGUCAACAAACGAAUUAUGGAUCAUUGGGUCAAACAUUUUAUCCAUCAACAUCAGCAUUUGUCGCUUAUCAACCAUAUACAAUCACAUUGACAUCAGGUACAAAUCGUAUCGGUUUGCGACCAUUACGGCAAUUACGUCGUCAAAAUAGCCUGUUGAAUGAAGAUGUUAUACCUGAACAUCAUACAUUUCCCUUACCACCAUCAACAUAUCCAAUACUACAUCCACAGCUAUUUCAACCACCAUCUCCAGAAUCACAUUUUACAUCACAACCAUCAUCACAAUCAACGACAAAUAAUGAUCCACCACCACCACCAUAUACACCACAUAAUUUUGGUCCAAUGUUGGCCAGAUUAUUAUCGCAAACAUUACGUAAUAAAACAGCUGAUCGUGUUGCUGUACAUAUUGUCGGGGAUCAAUAUAUUUCAAUUGGUGAUAAUCAGGAACAACAACCAAUUGCAUUGGUUUAUUUGCGAUCAAUUGGAUCAAUGGAUUUUCCAGAUAAUCGAAAAACCGUACGUGCAGUGACAGAUUAUAUCCAUACAAAUCUUGGUAUCGAACCAUCACGUAUUCGAAUGAUUCUGCAAAAUUAUUCCACUGAUAUGAUUGCUUCUGGUGGUCAAUUGGUUUGUGAUCAAUUACAACCACCACAAUAAAACAAUGUAAGUGAAGCGAAACGAAAAAAAAAUUUAUUUGAAUAAAAUUUUAUACAAAAUCUA